GCACCCUCAACCAUUCGCAUUUUCUCAACUCUUUGCCCAUUUUCCCACAAUGUCAAAGUCUACUCCAAAGUCAAUAGAGAAGCACCCAUAGAUGAGAGAUCUUCCAUACUUUUUCUAUCAGCCUCCCAAUCUCAAGUUCUUACUACCAAAACAUUGAGAUUCUCAUCUCAGCCUCUUCUUUCGCUCAAAAAAGGUGAAUUCGGAGCAGGAAAAUUUCUCAGAUAGGUACUCAAAAUUUUGAGUGAUGAGCUGGGAUCUUGCUAAUUUUACUCAUGUUUACAUGUUCCCCACAAAACCCAAUUCUUGUUAUUGAGCCCUAAUUGCUAAUUUUGCAACUGUUCAUACAAUAUUUAGCAAUGGGGAUCGUUCCUGUAGCUCUGAACGUUGCUGCAGUUAGCUUGUUCAUGAUCUUCACACUCACAUCCUCAUACCAAAUGUACCAAUCUACGCCAAUUUCUUCAUCGCUAGAAGAAGAAGAAGACCCUUCUAUGAUCCAUACCUAUGCUCGAUUCUCCGAGGUGGAGAAAGCCUGUAAACCAAUCCUUUCAUCGGCAUCCAACAUCAGGUUUGAUGUUAAUAGAAUUACUUCAUUCAAACCAGAGCUUUCCUUCGACAAAGGAGACUGGAGACAAGACUCUGGCGAUGCUCCUUUGAUGCCAUUUAAUGGCAGUGAUCCCAACCCUAUCUACCUUUCGAGCUUUCAGCUCACUCAUGUUGAUGUAAUGCCCCAUUCACAAAUUUCCAUCAAUGUUAGUGGUUCAUUAGGUCUAGGGAUUUCUAGGAAUGGCACCGCUCCCGAUUUAGUUCAUUAUCUCUUCCCUGAAUUCCGAAUUUGGCCUGGGAGCUCUGAGCUUAGAAUUUUAUUUGAGGGAGUCUAUGUUGAAUCUGAGGAAAAUGGUGGUGAGAGAGUUCUAUGUUUGCUUGGAAACGCAAUGCUCCCUUCUCGCGAUGAGGAUUCUAAAGAUCCAUGGCCGUGGGUGAAGGAAUUGGGAAAGAACAAUUUCCAGCCUUCUCUUUCACAAGAUGAUCAAAUUUUGCUUGUUAUUCGUUACCCGAAGACCUUCACACUUACCACUAGAGGCGUGAGUGGCGAGAUGAGUAGUCUCAAUGAGAGGUCUAGUACCAAGUUCUUCGAUAAGCUCCAUUUCUCUUCUCAAUUGGGUGUAUAUACAAACUAUGAGUUUGGUUCUGCAAAGAUCGUCGCAAAGGCUUGUAGCCCUUACCCUUAUCGAGACAAUAUCGUUGAUGGUGAUACCCAGUCUGAGAUUUAUAAAGGGGUUGGAUUGUGUGGCAUUCUUGAACAGUUUGUCACUGGAGAAGUCUUCAAUGUUUUGCCCAACUGGAACUGUAAUUCCACCGAUGAAUAUUGCAGCAAGUUGGGGCCUUUUGCAUCUGAGAGAGAGAUUAAAGCAACAGAUGGAGGGUUUGCUAAUGUUGGGCUGAUUAUGCAAGAUAUGAGGUGUGAACCGAGGAGGAGUGGACCAAGAAAUAUAAGCUCCGCUAGGGUUUCUGCUGUGUUCAGAGCCAUUCCUCCAUGGGAGAGUCAGUUCUUGGCAUCACAAAGAACAGGGCUUAGCAAUAUGACUCUUUCGGCAGAAGGAAUAUGGGUUUCUUCAGCUGGCCAGCUUUGUAUGGUUGGUUGCCUUGGGCUCGGCGAUGCAAAAUGCAACUCUCGAAUAUGUUUAUAUAUUCCAUCAUCCUUCUCUAUAAACCAAAGAAAUAUCAUAUUUGGAAAAAUUUCACACAUCAGCAACACGCUGAAUGAAUCACACUACCCUUUGUCAUUCGAAAGGUCAGUGCAUCCUAUGCAACUGUGGAAUAAGUAUGGUGGUAUUUCACCUCUUAGUACGUACAAGUACUCAAAGAUAAAGCUUGCUGGUGCUUUUCUAGAGAGGAGUGAGCCCUUCGAUUUCGCGAGUACCAUCAAGAAAUCUCUUCUUAGUUAUCCGAAGAUGGGGGGAGAUAGCGAUGAAUUAGUCAACCUCUCAAAUCUCUCAGAUGAUCUCACACUUCAUGUUCCUGCAGUUCCUGAUCCAUUACCAAAUGAACGAACGGUGAAGCCAUUUUUACAGCUGGAAUUACUCUCUCUUGGUUCAUUAUUUGGGCGUUAUUGGGCAUACCACAACGAAUCAAUUUCACCCGUAUCUGUUCAAUCUCCUUCUAAGGAUACAUCUACCGAGAGGCAACUACUUCUCAAUGUGUCGGCAGAGCUCACACUCUCUGGAGAGCCUUACAAGAAUGUGUCACUUCUGUACCUUGAGGGCUUAUAUAAUCCAGUUGAUGGAAGAAUGUAUUUAAUUGGUUGCAGAGAUGUUCGGGCCUCUUGGAAAAUUCUCUUUGAGAGCAUGGAUCUCGAAGAUGGACUUGAUUGUUUGAUUGAAGUGAAGAUAGAGUAUCCACCGACAACUGCACGAUGGCUCAUGAAUCCUACAGCAAAGGUAUUGAUCACCAGCCGAAGGACCGAGGAUGAUCCUCUCCAUUUCAGCCAAAUUAAGCUCCAGACAUUGCCAAUUCUGUACAGGGAACAGAGGGAAGAUAUACUCUCUAGGAGGGGAGUAGAGGGUUUUCUUCGUAUUCUUACAUUGUCACUGGUGAUUGCUUGCAUAUUGAGCCAAUUGUUCUAUGUAAGAGUAAACACGGGCUUAAUCCCUUUUAUAUCUCUCGUCAUGCUUGGCGUUCAAGCUCUAGGCUACAGCAUUCCGUUGAUCACCGGAGCUGAGGCCCUCUUUGCAAGAAUUUCAUCUGAGCCUUAUGAGACUCCAUCCUAUGAGCUUGAGAAGAAUCAGUGGUUUGAGGUUGUGGACUAUAUUGUAAAGAUAAUGGUACUAAUUGCAUUUCUUCUCACACUGAGGCUUGGCCAAAAAGUAUGGAAAUCUCGUAUCAGAUUACUCACUCGCAGUCCAUUAGAACCAUGGCGCGUACCAAAUGAUAAAAGAAUACUUCUCAUUAGCUUUGUUAUUCAUCUUAUUGGGUUUUCAGUGGUUAUUAUUGUUCACGGUGUUAAUACCUCUAAGAGACCGAUAAAGCCAGCAGCAUACAUUGAUUCAAGAGGAAAUAGCCAUAAACUACAUGAAUGGGGAAUGCAACUUGAGGAAUAUGUUGGCCUUGUUCAAGAUUUUUUUCUCCUUCCUCAGAUCAUUGGUAACUUUUUAUGGCAGAUUGACGGUAAACCUCUUCGAAAAGCCUAUUAUUUUGGAAUCACGAUAGUUAGAAUUCUUCCACAUGUUUAUGAUUACAUCAGAGCUCCAGAUUUCAAUCCUUACUUCUCAGAACAGUAUGAGUUUGUGAACCCGAGCCUGGAUUUCUACUCAAUGUUUGGAGAUAUCGCUAUUCCAGUGACUGCCAUUGUGUUUGCUGCUAUUGUAUAUGUUCAGCAGAGAUGGAACUAUCAGAAACUUAGCGAGAAUUUGAGAGUUGGGCAGAAGAAACUUUUGCCUUUAGGUUCUAGGGUUUAUGAGAGGCUACCCUCAGUGUCAUUUGAAGCAGAGCUCGUCUCUGGUGUGAGCGAAACUUCAACACAUGAUACUUUGGAGAAAAAUGAAGAGUAAUGGCUUCUUAUGUGAGGUUACAUUUCCCUGAUUUGUUCUUGGAAAUGUUUCUUACAUCUAGUAAUAUGGUUGUAUUUCGUAUUUUUCUGUUGAUGAGGUGUAGCGUUCGAGUUUUUGAAUAAACACAGUAUUCACACAA